CCGACUGCGAUGGAGAGCGAAGACUGGAGCUCCGUGGCCUCGGCCGUGCACGCAGCGCUGCCCGAAGGCGCCUACUCGCACCUGCACUGGGCCGCCACGGUGGACUUUGACCUGCGCGUGGUGCACGCGACGGCGACAUAUACCCUCGCGGUCGCGCCGACCAACGGCCUCGUCCCGCUCGAAGUCAACGGCCUCGCCAUCCGCGCCGUGCGCAUCAACGGCGCCGAGAGUGCGACGCAGGUCGUCGCCAACCCCGUUCCUUCGGGCCACUCGAUGCUGCUCAUCAACCUCCCGCCCCACACCCUCGCGCCCUUCACCAUUGCCAUCUCAUACUCGACGGCGCCCAGCGGGCUCGCCUGCCACUGGCUCGACGACACCAAGAGCAGCGACGGCGGCACCUGGCUCGUCACGCAGUCGUACCCGUCGUACGCCUCGGCGCUGCUCCCGAUUCCUGCCGCGCUCUGCAUGAAGUACCCGUACACGGCCGAGAUCACGACCUUGACCUCGACGAUUGCCGUUGUCAGUGCGCCGACGCGAGGCGCCGCGCCGACGCUGGCCGAGAAUGGGAUGCAGACGUGGACCUACCGGCAGACCGUGCCCGUGCCAUCGCACGCGCUCGCGCUCGUCGUCGCGCCCAUGGAGCUGUUCUCGCUCGCGCCGCAAAUGUCAACACUUUUUGCGACCGAAGACAUUGAAAUCGAAGCGACGUUCGACGCCGUGUCGCAGCUGCCGCUGCACCUCGAGCUCGCGGAGGCGCUCACGGGCCAUGAGUUUGUCUGGUCGGAACUCAACAUUGUGAUCGUGCCCGCCGAAUUCUGCUUCCAGACCGCGCUCUACCCGUGUCUGGUCGUGACGACCCAAACGUGUCUGACGCGAUCGCUUCUUGUCGAAAGCGUCGCCCGGCACUGGUUGUCGUUCCUUGCACCGCACGAAACGUGGCACGACGUCUGGCUGAGCGAAGGCUGGGCAAAGUACCUCUGGCUCGAACUCCUCAAGCAGCUGGACGGAAGCGAGGUCGAGACGACAGAACUUGUCUGGUCGGGCUACAACCAGCUCUGCCGUGCAUUCGACACCGAGUCGCCAGCCAACACGCGUCUGCGCAUGGACCACCACUCGAUGGAUCGGUUCAGCGUCAUUGCCCGGGAGAAGGGCUACCUCUGCCUCUUGGCGCUGCAAGCCAUGGUCGGGAAGGACACGUUUGACUUUUUUGUCUCGGCCUACAUUUCUGGUACGACACCCUCGAACCAGACACGAAUCUGA